AUGUCAUUUUCAACCUCACAAACCCAAAACCCAAAACUCCUCAAAGACCCAAUUUCCAACCGCUGGGUAAUAUUCUCACCAGCAAGAUCAAAACAACCCUCCGACUUCAAAUCCAAAUCAUCACCAAACCCUAAUUCCAACACCACAUGCCCUUUCUGCGUCAGAAACGAACACCAAUGUGCACCCGAAAUCUUCAGGGUCCCACCCGAUGACCCAAACUGGAAGAUUCGGGUCAUUCAAAAUCUUUACACGACUCUCUCAUGCGAUCUCGUGGACCCGGUUGAUGUGUCUUCCGGUUCGAUUUUGGAUGGGUUUGGGUUUCAUGAUGUUGCUAUUGAAACUCUGGUUCAUUCGGUUCAACUUUGUGAUUUGUCCAUGGAGGACAUUUGA